UGGAGUAAGGCAGCGUAGCCGCUACCGCGCCACUCUCACACACCACGCGGAGUCACACGCAUCUCAGAACACUCAAACUUGUGUGUCUGUCUCCCACUGUGGUGUCCACAGAGGACGCCUCAUCCGUGUAAAAGGGACGCUUAAUAUCACAAGGGUCCUGCUCACAAGGUAGAUUUCUCCUCUUCCUCCUUGUAGCACCCAGAACUAAGCCAACUACCUAGACCAUCUGGCGGUGGUGGAGCGGGUUGUCUACUCAACACUCCGCCCACUUCCUCACCAUGGUUCCCCGCGCCAUCACCACUCGCUAACAGGUUACCGUCGCAAUACCUCAGCCCAGCUAUGUAACAACAGGAUCUUGAUUGCUGACGAGGAUGAAGCGUAUGCGGUUGACGCUGCGUAAACUGAUGCUGGUGCUGGUACUGUUGACGGUGGCGGUGCUGGUGCUGAGCCUACCACUCACCACCCACUAUUCCCACCUUCUACAGGUCGGGACGAACCCUCCUCCUGCUGUUGGUCAGGUUCUACUUUCCGUGAAGCAAAGUGACGAACGUGAGGACCAACCACACCGCACAGAUCCUCUCGUACAGAAAUUCACCAGCAUAAAAAAAAACACCGUUGAAGCGACCCUCGGUAACGAGUCCAAUACAAAGGAUGGCAUCGCCGGGGAGUCUAUCGAUGGCAAGAGCAUCGCCAAGAACCCUGUGGCGGAAAAGGCAGCCAUUUCUGAGGAAACAUUAGCCAAAGAGAUAAACUCCCCGAAAGGCAUCCGAGUGGCCACCGCUCAGUCUAAAAAUGGGUCGGCUGAAGAAAAUAUCAAAAUAACGCUCGAUGAGUACGAGACCUACCUGCAGAACCAGACCCCAGCGAACUUUGUAGAGGUGAAAAAGAUCAACCCAAUCUCCAAAAAGUCCACCAGACUUUCGGUAAUUCGAAAAAGGCCACCGAAUACGUACCGUCCUCGUUCCCUCAUGACUCGUUCUCCGUCCAAGCUCACUCCAGACGUGCUCAAGAAAAGGGCUCUCACCUUCUCCAACUCUUCAGACUUAAGAAAGUUCUUGGCGGAGCAAGAGCGACGCACCCGACACGUGACUAAGACCUGCCGAGAAUAUAAAGUCCCAGCGACCGUCCCCAGGAGCCGCGCCUUCGCCCCUCCCUCAGGAUUACUCUCCUCCAAGGACAUCGUAUUUGACAGGACGAAUCACCUGUUGUUCUGCCCGGUGUUCAAGGCAGCCAGCACCUCUUGGUCCAUCACCCUGCUGGAGAUGGGAGGUUUCUGGAACAACGUCACUAAGAAGAAUGCACUUCAGAAUAUAUUACAUGAAGUCUAUCCUAGAAUAAACAACAUGGCGGCAGCUUCGAUGUCAUCCUCUACGACACGGUUUAUGGUGGUUCGGCAUCCGUUUGAGCGGGUCCUCUCUUGCUACCGAGACAAGUAUCUGAAUGGCACCAAGUCCUACUACUACCUGAACAUUGGCGAGAAGAUUGUCCGUCGAUACAGGAAGUUCCCCCCAGAGUUCAACAGACAGCAGCUCAAGUUAAUGGAGGGCCAAGUGAGGAACAAGAUCAAGAAGAAUCUGCCGGUGGUGUUGAAGGAUAACCCCUACGCUAAUCCCGUCGGCCCCACCUUCUCGGAGUUCGUGCAGUAUAUCAUCUACGCCCACUACGACGAUGAGCACUGGCGGACGUACAACGCUCACUGUUCCCCCUGCUAUGUCCCUUACGAAUUUAUUUUAAGGUUUGAAUCCCUGAAAGAAGAAGGGAAGCUGUUCUUGGACUACCUUAACCGUACUUCCGACAUCAAGCCUCGCUGGGAGAACCCGACCUAUGGGUCCAGUACAAGCGAAGUGGCUUGCUCCUAUUUCAACCAAAUCUCUGUCAAACUUUUACAAAAUCUCUACCAAAAAUACGAGAAAGAUUUUAAGCUCUACGAGUAUAUGCCCGAUGCUUACUUUAAAUGUGCUCAAGAUUACAAUCAUGUAAAUAACAAUACAGUAUUAAAAGAAUAAUUGAAAAAGUAGAGUCGGUGAAAGUGUAAGUGAUAACAAAAGGAAAUGUGAUGGAAAUUGUGUUGGAUGUUAUAGUGCCAGGGUGAAUUUUUUUUUUUAUUGUUUAAUGAUUGGGGGGGAAUAUUUGAAUGGAAGAGGAUAUACAUUACACCUUUGUUGUUAUUUUUGGCUUGUUGAUUUCACUUUCUGUACAUAAGAUAGGAUGUAUUAUAAACUUUCUUAAUUAAUAUACAAACUAACCCGAGACUGAAAAUGUUAAUUAUCGACGAUUUGCACAAAUCAUCUAGAAAUUGUCUCGAUUAUAAUUUAUAUCUAAUCAGAUAUUUUUGGGUUGAUCUAUUUACUUAUACUGUACUGGUUACUUGUAAAAUCGUCAUACAAGUUUACAAUUGGGUUGACAUGAAUAUACAGUAAACUAUUCAGGUAUACAGUUCAGCGUGCAUAUACACAACACAGGAAGACCUUGGGCGUAGACCGUGCAGGUAUACAAUUUCCGGUGUAGCUAGACAGUGCUGGGAUGUACACAAUGGUAAACAGUUUGGCAAUUUGACCAAGGACAGCCGACAAAGCCAUCAGAUGCUUAAUUCCAUGAGGGUCCAAUGGGCCCAGUGUUAGUACAGGAGGAAGCCAGAACACAAUACAUAACCCGGAGAAAACCUACCAUGUUCGUUUAGUGUCGCUAGAUAACAUGCUUCUCUUGUCCCACCAGAGGGGAGAUUGAACUAGAGUCACAGUAGUGAAUGGCAAGCGAUCUGCUGCUGCUAUACUACCGGCACCUCAGUUUCUUCACGUUUCAUCAUCGUUUUACGUCCAUAUGUACUAGACAAGUGGCGGUUACUACAUUAUGCAGUAACCUGUAGCCUGUAAAUCCUUAUAAAUUAUUUUUUUCCCAGUCUUCCCAGUUUUACGAUCUCAUUAGUGUUAAUGCAAUUUAAGAGACCAUACAAAAGCAGAAUACAGUAGAUAAUCGUAAAAUUACAUAUAAACUGCCCCAUAACAUUAAAUCCAGUUAACAAGCUGGGCUACACCCGAACAGCUAUAGAGCGUUUUUCCCAUCUGAGAAGAGAUGCCCCGCCCCUUCAAGAGUUACAGCUGAUUGCCCUAAAGUGUGAUCACUUAAAUCUCGAGGUACUUAACUUACUUUUUAACUUAAAGUCGCUGCCACCAGACCACAGGACAUAUUAACUUAAAGUCGCUGCCACCAGACCUUAGGAGAGUAUGUGUAGUGUUUUUUUUUCUAGGUAGUUGGCAGAGCAAUCCAGGUACUGUGAGUUCGUGUUUUUCAUUAAUCAAGUUGAGAGUGGAAGGAAGGGUGAAUCACCAACCAAGAAUUAACCUACUUUAUUUCCUAAUAACAAAAUAUUGCAUUCAGUCAAAAUACAAAAAUAGUUGACCUUUCCCAAGCAAUUAUUAAGGUCACUGCAUCACAUAAAAAUAUAGGACCUUCUCCAAAUAAUUAAUUAAGGUCUUCUCUCUCCAUUCAAAAUCAUUGACCUCCUUACCUACACUGUUAAAAAAAUCUUGUAAAAUUUACAUAAAAUUCUCUGGUUAUAUUGUUG